AUGGGUGCAGAUGGUCAAAAGCAUUACUUCGGCGUUGCAACCUCCCCUAACGUGACAGGGCCAUAUGAACCAACCGACUCGCCGAUUGCGUGCCCUUUGGGCCAAGGUGGUGCAAUAGAUACAGUCGGGUUCAUUGACGACGAUGAAACCCAAACGAUUUGGAUCUGUGUCCAAAUCCUUGAUCGUGAUCCCAACGGUGGUGAUGGAUUUUUGAUUGAAGCUCCUAGUAUUAUCAAGUCGGAGGGUAUUUAUUAUAUGACAUUCUCGUCAGCCAUGUUCAACACUCCUCAGUACAUUAGUACCUACGCCUACGCAACCAGUAUUACCGGUCCAUGGUCUAAACAACACUCACCUUACGCACCCAUUUUACAGACGGGUAAUGUUAGGUCGGCAGGCCAAUUGACUGGCCUUAGUGGAAGUAGCUUUGCCAAAGACAAGAGCAAGAUUGGUUUCAAUGCCUCCAGAAACGGCCUCAAUGCUGAUGAAGGUCGUGCUGUUUAUAUGGGUAAUAUUACACUCGGAGACAAUAUCAUCACAAUAGUUUAA